AUGAUCCCUGCGAACAUGACCGCGCAAUCUACGCUACCACCCACAGCAUCACCCGGUGGAUGGACCGACGAAGCCACAGUCCUGAUCGUUUCCAUAUCCGUCGCGAUUGCCGUGUUGGCCGCCUGGAUUGGGUUUCUCCUGUACCGGCGUCGAAGCAACAUGGCUGCAUCUUUCCACGACAACGACGACGGCUUGCCUCAGUAUGCACAGAUGAUGGAAACAACGCCCGCGCCACCGUUGAAUCUGUCGUCCCUGGAAGUGUACCGCAUUGCCGCCCACGACAUCGCAAUCACGUCGAUGCUUGGGUCCGGCGGGUUCGCAGACGUGUACCUCGGCAGGUUCUGUGGCCAAGAAGUUGCGGUCAAGACGCUGCUACGGAACCACCCGACGCGGCGGGAGGUCGCCGCCUUUGCUGACGAAAUUCAAAUCCUCGCCAUGUUGCACUCGCCGUUCAUCGUCGAGUUUGUUGGCGCGAGUUGGGCCGACGACAACGCCAGGGAUCUCCAGUGCGUCAUCGAGUACAUGAAUCGAGGCGACCUGAAGGAAGUGCUGUCGACGCAUGCACCGGACGAGUUCCCGUGGACGGAGAAGCUUCUUUGCAUUCAAAGCAUCGUUGAAGGGUUGGUGUACCUCCACUCGUUCCCGAUCAUCCACCGCGACCUCAAGUCGAGAAAUGUCCUGCUCGAUACGUUCAAGGGCACGAAACUGACCGAUUUUGGCGGAUCGCGAGAAGAAACGACAUCGACGAUGACGGCCGGUGUCGGUACAUAUCGAUGGAUGGCACCGGAGGUGCUGCUCUCGCAUCGCUACACCACCGCCGCCGACGUCUACUCGUUUGGCAUGGUGCUAACAGAAUUCGACACGCACGACAUCCCAUUCGUGCAUUUAAAAGACCCCGCGACUGGAAAGGCCUUGGCUGACGUCACUAUCGUCGGCCUGCUUGUCUCGGACGCUGUGGACAUUCCCUUCUCCCAUGCGAUGCCACCUUGGCUUGCGGCACUUGGACAGCGCUGUGUGUCUCGCGAUCCGACGCACCGACCAUCGUCCGCUGAAAUUGCAAGCCUCUUGCGCGAGCAAAUGCAAGUCUAA